GACUCGCUCCGAGGUUCCAAUUCACAAAGUUCAGUGGCCAAAAACGUAGGAACGCAGUAUAACCGCUACCUUCGUUAUCCUUUCCGAUUCAUAAAUCAUCCCGCAAGUCAAUCUGAGAUACUGACAGUGUCGUCGAAUAAGCCACAGGUAAAUAACGCUACGUUACUAUUUUAUAUUACAGAAAAGUACAUAUUUAUGUAUUUGUUACGAAGCGAUGUUUUAAUCAGGCCAGGCCAAUAAUAGUGUUUUGAUGGAAUCUGAUUGUGGAUAUUUGGAAAUGAACACCACGCUGUUUUCGCAUUCAGAGUUUUCCUUCGAUGUUUAUGAUACACGCACAUAAAAUGCACAGGGCAUCCGUAUAUUAGGCUAGGAGCCACUGGCGCGACUAGCCGCGUGCGGCGUGUCGAGUGUUGUCGCGCGCGGUUGUUAUUUGUAUUGCUUUUUAUAGGUGUAAACCCACUGACGCGGCGCGGCUGCCGAGUCGCGCGCGGUUAAGUUUAGGAACGCGGAACACAGGCGGCAGAGCUGUCGCGCGCGGCUAUAAAAGUAACGAAUUUAACCGCAGCGAACUCAGUGACGCUGCAGGUCGCACGCGGGAGUUGCGUGUAUUCGAUAUGGCGAUGUCCGAGAAAUCUUUUGACACAGAUUUGUUCAUUAUGGAAAUUGAACAACGACCAGCACUGUGGAACAGCGGUUUGAAUGAAUAUAGUGAUAAAAAUAUAAGAAAAAAACUGUGGGAAGAAAUAGUGCAGAGAUUCGGAGGGGAGGAACAGGAUGUGUUAGAAAAGAAACAACUUGGUGUACAGCUACAAAAGAAAUGGAAGAACCUCAGAGACAGUUAUUUCCGAGAAUUAAGACGGUUAAAGAACAUACGAAUUGGUGCCGCAGCCCCCAAAAAGAAUUCGUACAUAUAUUUUCAGCAGCUUCACUUUCUGAAGGUGGUAGCAGAAACGUCGGAUACUCCAUCGUCCCAAACCUACCGCCCCCCUCCAAAGAAAACAAGCACUGAAGAUUACGUUGGUUUGGAAAUGGUUAUUCACACUGCCACCGGGUAUAAACCCAUUUGCAUAGAGAGCGAACACCAUGACUCUGAUAAAUUAUUUUUGUUGUCACUUCUGGAUGACUUCAAAAAAAUACCAGACUACUCCAAAAGUACGGCGAAAAUUGAACUGAUCAAGUUGAUUCAGAGUUAUCGACCAUAA